AUGUCAAGAUACGAUUUGGUUGAAUUAUCACAAGUUUAUUACGCAUUUGAUUUGGGUUUUAAAUCUUUAAACUCAGAAACGUUAAUAUCAAUAUUUACGUCAGCUGACCAAUCAUUCCAAAAGGAUUCUUUUUCAAUAUUAAAAUUACGUGGCGGAGGGUCAUUUAAUAAUAAACCAUUAAAUUCACAGAUAACAUAUUUGGGUUGGGGAGCAACAUCGGAAGAAAAAGAAGCAAGAAUUUACGUUUAUGAUUCAGAUAUUUCUAACUCAAAUCAUAUUUCCCCAUGUUAUUAUGUAAUUCAUGGGAGGUUAUUAACACCUAUAGAUGGAUGUAAAUUAAAUAAAGGGUGGUGGAGUGCACCUCUUUUACACAAAAAAAAAAAAAAGAUGUCGAAAGUAGGAUUUCUUGGUAAAAAUGAACUAUAUGAUAACGUAUGCAUUCCUUACGUACUUGGCGAUUUGAAAUCCGUUUCCAUUAAAGCUGAUGUAUUAUUGGUUGCUUACGAAGAAAAGAAAAGAGAUAAAUCUAUUACGGGUGUAAAAUAUUUGGUAACGUCCGGCGGUGAAAAACAUUUAAAGCAAAAGAAAGGUUGUGUGAUUUCUUAG